UGCACGUGCUUCCUUGACUAAAAAAUAAGAGCCAUGGCAGAAAAGAAACAAUUCGACGAAUUUUUGGGAGGUUCCCAAUCACUCCCACAUGAAGUAUCUAUUAUGAAAGUGGCUGCUGCACGAGCUAGUGAAAUUGCUGCGAUGACUCGCAUGUUAGAGAAUCCAAUCCGAAACAAGUUGAUAUUUCAAAAGCUGCCUAUAUAUAUGCGCAGACGUGUAAUGUCACACAAUGCUAAAAGAAUGCCACGCAGAUUGCGGGAAGCUCAUUUGAGUCAAAUGGCAAAAUCAGGUUUAUCAGCAAAGAAGAAAAGACCUUCUCGGAAAUAUCGUAGGAGACCGUCUAAUAUACUUGCCGAGUACAAUCGCAGGCAACUCAAAAAGAUUUGGUUGGAAACCCAUAUUUGGCACGCCAAGCGUUUUCACAUGAUCGACAAGUGGGGACAUAGAAUUGCGAAUUACCCGAACGAUAAGUGUUUUAGAGCUAAUUAUCGAGCUGCGAUGCAAUACUGUCUGCUGCAAGAUAUCUCUUACUAUACUUGCGUAGAGAUAAAAGGGCAAGAAGAUUUGUUGAAGACAACUCUGAAGGCACAUUGCAAUCCGUUUAUGUCAACUUUUGCGGCAAUAAGAUACACCAAUGGCCGUAACGAAGGCACUCUGAUGUUCUUCAAGAAAAACAGUUAUCCGCAAUUCCCUAUCGGUAAUGUGCAUUUUCUCUGGAGGCCAAAACAGUCAGAUAUCGUAACUAUCUGGAUCUGGGUGCAUCCUUCUUUUUACGCUGAUUUCCUCAGCGAGAUUGUAUCAAGCUUCGAGUUUAAAGAGAACAAUGCUGAAGAAGACGCCACGCACGUCCCGGGAUCUUUGUACACAAAUGACGCUGGUUGUAAAAUGACCAUUUUGAGAUACAAAUUAAAUAGAUUUCGACUCUACGGGCCGGCGACUCUGAGCGUACUAACAGAUGCGUUACAAACGCCAUCCUUCACUGAGUCAGACCUCUCUCAGGAAAUGAAUUCCACGCGGAAACAAGAUGACUCGUUAGGCAAUAAAACAAAUAUAACUAAGGAGUCAGUGGACAAUGAAGUGCUGGAAUCUGUAGAGAAGAUAGCGAUUGACGAAGCGAAUGAGGAAGAUGCAGCGCUUCCUAAAACCUUGAAUGUAGAAGAUCUCCGUAACAGAACAUGGCAUAUCGAAUACUACAAACACCAAGAAAACAUGGAGGCUUUUAAAGUCCAGAAGGAAAUGUGGCAGAAAAUGAGGACUUCUAAUUCGAGAAAGGUACUCGAUUUGCUUCAAAGCGUUAUGGGACUAACGAUUUUGGAUCCGCGCUUCUACCUGAGCAAAAGAACGAAACGUGAAUACGAAACGACCUUUUAUCAAUGUAUCUUAAGGGCGCCGGCUAAUUUACAUUGUACUCCGAUCUGGGACGCACAAAUACGUCAUACGGUGAGCAACACCUGCGUGGCGACAUACAAGAUCAACAAUCUCAGAAGCGGCUGUCUCGUACCUGGCGUGGCGAAUGAUAAGUAUUUCGGUGAAGAUAUCAUGGCGAAGAUACCUAUACUCCUUAUUCCCAGACCCGAGUGUUCUGCGGCAGAUAUAGACUCUUCUGUAGACAUUGUAAUACCAUCCACAUGGGGACUGCCGAUUUGGCUCGCGCUCGUACAACGAUGCGUGAGAACAGGCGCUCUUCGAGAAUCAAGGCAGAUGGCGUACGAAAGUUUAAAUCCAAAUACACCCGAUGUCAGUGAUCCUGACUGUCCUGCGUACGUGAGCGAAGCAUUAAGCAGAAAGGAGGAAUUAACUCAGAAAUAUUUCCGUUAUCCGCCAAAUGGAAGGGUCAACUUUGUCAAGUUCGGAAUUAGCAGCCCUUUCUACUGUGAUUGGAGGAAACUGAUGAAGGAUUAUGCGGACACCGAAGAUUUUUAUGUCCUGAGGGAUAUCAGGCUCUUGCUGCUUCUGCAAGCCAGCUUGAAAUCUCGCUCCAGGAAGAUAUACGCAAGGUCCUCGUACACCCCGGUCGACCUUCAGGAUUUAAAUACACACAGAAACUGUUUGAUACGCGUUCAAGUGUCUAUGAAGAAGGGUAUCCCGAAUGAGUUCGCGAUCAUAUGCAUGCCGACGCCCGAGGACCUGGAGAGACUGGGAAGGGACGAGAAUUGGGGAGGGCCUGUGGAGCAGUGUCACGCCGAUCCAAACGAAGCGGCUCGUAAAGUAUCGCGAAAGAAUCAUUUGCUGCGGUUAAAACGGUUGAAACGGCAAAGCAUUCGGCAGAAGAAACUGUUGAAGGACAACGCGCUCAACUUACUGGAAAAUUCCACCGACGUUUUGGGCAAGAUUGUAAAUUUGAAUAGCGCGUUACGUCCGAAAAUUAUAACGGAGCAAGCAAAGAGAAUGUCGGAAAUGUAUCUGCCGGAAUGCACGAAGGUUCGCUAUUCCUGUGACAGAGAAAUAAUGGGAUAUGUAACGGCGGGCGGUUUCUCGUUCGUUCGCGCGAAAGGCAUGGGCGUGGGCUUCGUUACGCUGCCCCCGUUAAUGGAAAUGAUUAAUAAGAAAUCGAAGAUUGUCCUCGUGAGGAAUACGAAAACGCGACAGUACAGACCAGCGACAUUAGACGUGUUAGGCGCUUGAUUAAAUCAUAAACGUGCAAC